AUGCAAUCGUUUCGAGGCGCUGCUCGCGCGGCUUCACGCACAAUUCGAACCCAGCCAUGGCGACAAGGAAAUUCCCUCGUGAAGUCCGCGGGACCGCAUCGGACUUUAUCGGCGCAAUGGAAGAGCGCACGCCCAUUGCAUACCGUGUCACCGCGAAAAUCAGCAGCAGUUAUCGCGGAAUCAAAUGAGAAAGACUCCUCCAACCCAGCGAUGUCAUUCCCCUGUCUCGACGCCCAAGAAGCAAAGUCAGCGCAGCUCUCCGCUCGGUCGCUGCAAUCCGGGCCCGAACCUUCAUACACCACCGGGCGACACGAAUCAUACCACUGUGAACAGCCACUUCUGCUCGACUGGGGUGGUGUGCUCACAGAAUUUGACGUUGCCUACGAAACAUGGGGGCAAUUGAACAGCGACAAGAGCAAUGCCAUCCUCCUGCAUACCGGCUUGUCCGCUUCAAGCCACGCCCAUAGCACAGCCUCCAACCCAAAGCCCGGCUGGUGGGAGAAGUUUAUUGGCCCCGGAUUGCCACUGGAUACUGAUAAAUACCAUAUCAUUUGCACUAAUGUUCUCGGAGGAUGUUACGGUACCACGGGCCCGUCUUCCCUCGAUCCGUCCGACGGAAAGCGGUACGCAACCCGUUUCCCGAUCCUGACUUUGGAAGACAUGGUGCGCGCUCAGUUCCGGCUUCUUGACGGCCUAGGAAUCAAGAAGCUCGCUGCCUCUGUCGGCUCCAGCAUGGGUGGCAUGCAGAGUCUCGCCGCAGGUGUCCUCUUCCCAGAGCGGGUCAACAAAAUUGUCAGCAUCAGUGGUUGCGCCCGCAGCCACCCUUACAGUAUAGCGAUGCGGCACACGCAGCGUCAGGUGCUGAUGAUGGACCCUAACUGGGCCCGUGGGUUCUACUACGACGGAAUCCCGCCCCACUCUGGUAUGAAGCUAGCGCGCGAGAUUGCAACCGUGACGUACCGCAGCGGGCCAGAGUGGGAGAUGCGAUUUGGCCGCCAGCGUGCAGACCCCAGCAAACAGCCCGCUCUGUGUCCCGAUUUCCUUAUUGAGACGUACCUCGACCAUGCCGGUGAGAAGUUCUGCCUCGAGUACGACCCCAACAGUCUUCUUUAUGUCUCCAAGGCCAUGGACUUGUUCGAUCUCGGCCAUGCUCAUCAAACUGCGACUCUGAAACGCCGCGCAGAGUCCGAGGAUCGCAUUGCGCACGGUGGUGACGCACUAAAUGCCUCGGACCCCGCUUGCAGUCUGACCCUCCCAGACAAGCCCUACGAGGAGCAGCCUGGAUCAUCUUCCAAGACCCCACUGGACGAGUCAGUCUCUGCCGAACCAGUGGAUGGCCCUCCCCGGGAUCUUGUCGCCGGCCUUGCGCCUCUCAAGAACCACCCUGUGCUUGUCAUGGGUGUUGCAAGUGACAUCCUCUUCCCCGCGUGGCAGCAGCGGGAGAUCGCCGAGACACUCCGUGCUGGGGGCAACAAGAAUGUUGAACAUGUCGAGCUCGGUGACGACUUGUCGCUCUUUGGUCAUGACACUUUCUUAUUGGAUCUUAAGAAUAUUGGUGGCGCAUUGGGCAAGUUCUUGCGCUAA